AUCCUCGUCCAAUUCCGGCUCAGACCAACAUGGCGGCUGAUAGCCGAGAGUCAGCAGCUCUUCAGAUUAAUGUCUGAGUUUCUAUGAAUAUUUACAGUUUCCUGAUGAAAUAAAUCAAUUCAGAGACAUUUUCCCGCUUCAGUUUGUUAAAACCUGCAGUUGGUCUGUAACUGCUGACAGCUUUGGACCAGAAACCAACAAACCCAGUAUGAUGAUGGGUCCUAGAUGAACCAGUUCCGAUCCUGCAUAAUGAUGGAUCCAGUCUAAUCUGACCCUCGUAGACCGUCAGUCUGGCCUGACCUUGGUAGACCAAUUGGAGUAAUGGAGAAGUUUGGGAUGAGUUUCGGGGGCGGUCCCAGCAGGAAGGAUUUGCUGGACACCAUUGAGUCCCAGAAGAAGCAGCUAGUCCAAUACCAGACCCGCUUCAAAGAUGUGGUCCAGGCCUAUAAGAGUCUCCUGAAGGAGAAGGAGGCUCUGGAGGCCAGCCUGAAGGUCCUAUCGGUGACCCAGGAGGUGGACCUGAAUCAGCAGGUCCAGGACACCACUGCCUCAGACCUCCAGGAGGACGGCUGCUCAGUGUAUAGCGAGGACAGCGUGGACACGGCAGCAUCUGUGGAGACGCCCAGUGACACCGCCAGAGGGGACCAGAGUGAAGAGGACCAGGGAGAACCGGGAGGAAAAUCCAGCUCAAUGUCCCUCAGGUCCGACCCCGAUGCUGGCGGCUCAGAGAGCACCACCGUGGGAGUGGAGCCGCAGCAACAGGCAAGCGCAGAGGUGGACCGCCGAGCCGCCCGGCGGAAGAGCCAACUGAGCACGCUCACCAGCGCCCUGGCCACAGUGACGCAGGAGAAGUCUCGGAUGGAGGCGAACUUCCAGGCCGACAAGCGCCAGCUGAAGCAGGAGGUGGAGGAGCUGCAGGAGCGCCUGGUCGCCGUGACCACGCAGCAUGAGGCGGAGCUGCAUGCCCUGCAGCAGCAGUUGGCUGAGAGCCGCGCUCGCAUCAUCACGCAGCAGCACGAGAGGGAGCAGGAGCAGGGAGACCACGUCCAGCAGCUGCGAGAGCUGCAGCGGAUCCUGCAGCAGGAGAGAGACCUGCGACAGGAAGCAGAGCUCCGCCUACAGGACGCCAACGCCACGCUCCUCAUGACAUCACAAGCCGUGGACCGGGGGGCAGAGUCUGAGGCUCACCUGAGCAAGGUGAGGGAGGAGAGAGAUGAGCUGAGGAGGAGGCUGCAAGCCGCCGAGGAGGACCAGAAGAAACCAGAUCCCAGAGUGGACGAACUGCAGCGAGAGCUGACAAAGCUGAAAAACCACUUCCAGCAGCAGUUCCACAACGAGACCAGGAAGGCGUGUGAUGCGGAGGAGCGUGCGCGUGAGCGCGCUCAGGCGGCAGAGGUGAGGGUUGCCGGUCUGGAGCAAAGAGUCUCUGAACUGUCGGAGCUGCUGGGAUCCUGUGAGAAGAUGAGGCAGAGAGACCAGCAGACCGCUCAGAGGCUCAGGGACCGGAUCCUGCAGCUCGAUACGGAGAACAAAACGCUCGCCAUCGCCGCCUCCAGCAGGACGACCUCUGACCUCGGCGUGGACGAGUCUCAGCUGGACGUCAGCUUGCUGAGGGACAAGCUGGAGAAGGUGAAGAAACUGCUGCAGCUAGCGGCUCAGAGGAACCAGGACCAGAAUAUCCAGAUCCAGAACCUCGUGGAGACCGAGGCUGAGCUCAGCGGAGACAAAGGCUCGGCGCUGUUCUACCAGCAGGAGCUGCGGCAGCUCAAGGACGAGUUUGAGCGCUACAAGCUGCGAGCGCAGGUGGUGUUGAAGAACAAGAACACCAAAGAUGGCUGCCAGGCCAAGGAGCUGGAGGAGAUCCGGGACCAGCUGUCAGAGCUGAAGGAGAAGUACAUCAACCUGCGGAUCCAGAGCGACGAGGCCGAGGCCCGACACCGCCACGAGCUGGAGGAGCGGCAGCAGCAGGCGGCGGCGCUGCAGCAGACUCACAGACAGGAAGUGGAGAGGUUGGAGGCGCUGCACCGCGACGACCUGCUGCGCCUGGAGGCGGAGCUUCACAAACAGAGAGAGAGAACCAUGGCGCUCCUGGACGAGAAAGACCAGGAGCUGGAGAGGCUGCGGACCGCCGCGCUCAGCUGCAGCAGCGACACGGACAAGAUGGUCGCCGACGACCACGAGUCUGGCCCCGAGAGCGAGGGUGACAUCAUCAGCCAGGCCCUGCAGCGAGCGACGCCCAACGAGCCCACACUGCUGCUGUACGCCGAGCAGCUGGCCAGGAAGGAGGUGGAGGCGGCCGGCCUGCGGCGCCAGAAACACCGGCUGGAGGAGGACCUCCACCAGCUGCAGGCGAGGCUGAUCGCCAACGGAGAGCGACACGACGAGGAGGUGUACGAGCUGCGAGGACAACUCGACAAGCUGAUCAGAGAUCAGAGCAGAGAGGGCGCCAACAUGGAGUACCUGAAGAACGUCAUCUACAAGUUCCUGACACUGCAGGACGCCAGCGGGAGGCAGCAGACGCUCACCGCCAUCCUGACCAUCCUGCACUUCAGCCCGCAGGAGAAACUCAGCGUCAUGAGGCUGCAGGGGGCGACCUGGUGGACCGCCGGCAAGAGAUCCUAAAACCCCUGAAGAAGAAUCUGUAGUUUCUUAAACCUCUGACAGGAUGUUGAUAUGAAGGGGGCUGUAGUUUCCUGAUGAUCAUGUGACGUUUAAAUUCAUAGAAAAACUUGAUGAAGUUCGGUUUCUGUCAGCUGCUCCUGUAUGAACAGCUGUGAGAAACUCAAAUCACUCAUGUAUAUUUUUGAUUCCCUUGUUGAAAUUAAACUUUUUCCUGCUUCACAAA